AUGUCCAGAAAUAUACACACUCUCGUUAAAUGGUUGCCCAGUGAAAUCAAAAAGCACGAAUGUGUCUUCAACAGUUGCAAGGACAUCGAAAUUACGUGCCUAAAUCUGAUCAAUAGAUUUGGAGUUUUGGUAGAUAACUUCAAAAACAAAAAAUCCUCUAAAUUCAAUCACCUGCUAAUUUACGAGAAUGAAAUCCAAAUAAACGACCUGCGGGAUAUUAGCUCGUCGCUAGAAAACGUCGUCCAACGUUUUGAUAGCGUUUUUUCAAAAAUGAACGAGGGACAUAUCCAUGCGACGAUACUCAGCAAGAGGCAGAUUUGGAAAGACCUGUUGUGGAAAAUCAAAUUAAAACUAAUUUAUUUUACACAAGAAAUCAUCAACGAGAUAGCUUACCUAUUCAUAUACUACGGCGAAAACUUACUGGUUUUGACGUUAAGUAUUUCCACUUCCUACAAUAAUUUAAUAUCAAUGGGGAGAAAAUACAACAUAAACAAAAACGUCAGCAUCUGCAACAACACUUGCCCUUAUCUAAUGUUUCCCUGCAGAAAAAUAUCUGUCACGCGUUUGUUACAAAUUAUAGCACACAAUAGGGCAGAGCUGUGUUGUCAUAAAUUGAUCGACUGUUUACUGGAAACUUAUAAAGUUUACGAGAGCUCAGAUGAUGACAAUUCAGACAACUCCAGUUUGGAAAUUUACAUGACACUAACUAAGCAUAUGUCACCACCGGCAGAAAGCACAGAUUCCCUAAAUUCGAUAACUAAACAGGAAGUCAUGGAACACGUAAAGGUAAACAACAACUUCGCAAACAUAGAAGAACUGAUACUGUACGAAGAAAAGAACAUCUUAGAUUUGCUCAAUACAACGUUAAACGUAGCUCCCGUGAUGCUUGGAAAUGAGGGUAUAAAAAAAGUCAAAGGGACAACUAAAAUUUGCGCCAGAGCUCGAUCCAAGGUUCUAGACUACUACCAGCAGAUACUGUGGGGGGAGGUGGGGAAUUAUCUGGAGCACGUGAUUCUAUGGUGGGCAGCGUGUCCCUUAUCUGCAAGGGUACCCCAAUCCUGUCAGCAUUUAAGAGAAUGGAUCAAUCAGUUCAUACCAACAGCCGACACUUCUCCACUGGUCUUGUCGGCCCUAGCGAAUUUGGCAGACGCCCUAGGAGUUCACGUGACCUCAGCCUCUUGGGACCAAACCUUCCGCUUAGCCUUGGUCGCGUCCAAAACCACCUGCAACCCAGACACCGGCAAACUUUUCUCUAACGUCCUCCAGGACCUGGUGAUGUUGUGCAACCAGUGCGAGAUAACACCUGAUUGGCUGGUGGGAGCGCCUCUUGACGAGCUUCCCCUCGUGGAGCAGAUCCCAGUUCUGCAUCGAUUAGAUCACACCAUUCACACCACUAGACUGUGGGCUGCCAAUGAAAGCAAAAAGAUAGCCAACACUUGGAACAUGAAGGCAUUCUUUGCGGUGAUCCACACCGAUAUAACUAACUGCCUCGGCCAGUUGAAUAAUUUGAGAAUGGCCGAUCACACUAUAGAAAUUGAGAAAGGUAGGAUGGGUGUGCAUGUUGAGGUUUGUACUCUCAUGAGAGCCAAGCUGACAUCCGAGGUAAAAGUGAAUAUUGAGAAACUGAAGAGUACUCCAGGUGAGUGCGUCGAAGGUCUAGCCAAGGUAUGCAGGACCAUUUGUUUGGCAAAUUUGCAAAUGAUAUUCCCUAAAAAUUCGUACUGGAAACAGACCGGCAGCAGUCUAGUUCCAGAAAACCCAAGUCCCUACGUUAAUAAAUACUUAAAUCAAAUAUUAAUCCCGGUGCUAGAGGCAACCGACGACCACGUUAUAUGCAACAUGAUACUGACUUUAAUUUGCGAGUCAUGGCUCGACCACAUUUAUAUAAAUAAGAUAAAGUUUAGUCAGUACGGUGCAUGUCAACUACUAUCCGAUUUUGCACACAUCGCUACUUGGUUGGUUGAUUGUUCCAUCGUACAGGAACCGAUACGUAAAAAAUUACUUAGGAAUGAGGUGUUAAAAAGAUGUGAAGGGGUCGGGCGACUGCUGUUGAGGUGUCCAGGAGAACGCAUCAGAAUGGUUGACAAAAAUAAACCGAAGAGUUCUAACAGUGAAUCUGAUGGAGAAAGAAACGAAUUAAUGCCGGCAGAAAUGUACGUUCCAAAUCAGGAGCAAUGGUUGGAGCUGAGAGCCAAAGGAAAAAGAACACGGUUUCCAGCUCCUGCAUGUUGUGGAAAACCAUAA